CUCGCUCAAAAACCAGAAGCUUCAGAGAGAGAGAAAAAAAUGGCGAAACUGAAGUUGCUCUUCAUCUCUUUGAUCAUCAUCAUCAUCUUCUUCUCUCGCUUCUCUCUCAUCUCUUCCCUCCCUAUUGACGAAGUCCUCAACGCCACCAGAAUCGUCUCCCGCUCCGGCUUCGUCGCCAUGGCUCUCACCGUCGAGCUCGUCGCGCAAACCCUAAUUUCCAACACUUCAUCCGUCACCAUAUUCUGUCCUCCGGACACUGCAUUCGCUCAAUCAGGCCAGCCUCCUCUCUCUCUCCUCCAAUACCACUUCUCUCCUCACGCUUUCUCCCUCCAAGCCCUCCGUUCGCUACGCUACGGAACACCGAUCCCCACUUUGCUCCCCAAUCGCUCUUUGUUCGUCACCACAUCAGCUUCCGAUGAGCUGAUUUCGUUGAACAACGUCAAGAUCAAUGGAUCGGAGUUGUACGACGACGGAUCAUUGGUCAUUUUCGGACUUGACAACUUCUUCAAUCCGAAUUUCAAUGUUUCAGCACCAAUUCAAAACCCUAGCCCCAAUCUCACAUGCGUAGUAUCAACGAACAAUCCGAGCACUCUGUCCGGUGUUCGUCGAUUCAACGAAGCUUCUGGAACACUGAGAUCCAACGGUUACUCUGUGAUGGCUUCGUUUCUUGACCUGCAAUUGCCGCCGUCUGAUCGUAAUGAGACAACGAUGUUGACUGUGUUUGCUCCCAGAGACGAUGCGAUGAAGGGACACAUCGGUAAUUUCACCGUCUAUCCAUCCCUGUUCUUUCGCCAUGUGCUUCCCUGCAGGGUUUCAAGAACUGGUUUGGAGAGUCUCGAAAAUGGAACGAUGUUGAGGACAUUGUUGGAUGGGUUCGUGGUGAACAUUACUCGAUCCGGUGAUGAAUUGAUGCUGAAUGGAGUUGCAGUGACAGUUCCGGACAUGUAUUACAGCGAUUGGCUUGUCGUUCAUGGCAUUCGUGAUGUUCUGGCUGCGCCGGAGAGGCCAUACCAUGGGGAGCCAGGUUCUUCAUCUGAGCCCAAAAACUACAAUUCGCAUAAUGUUUCCGCGUCGGAUCGUCUCAAGCCUCCGAUCAGUUACCUGUUUUCUGCUCUGUGAUUGAAAAUAAAUGAGGCUAUCUGUUCCCGUGACAGGUGAGAUAUAGAUGGGCAGUUUCUCUAAAACUCUCUCUUUCUAAUCACAUGUCUAAAGCUUUCAAUAAUUCAUUGAUUGAACUUGUGCAUAGUUGUCAAUGACAUUUACGUCUUAGUAGAUAUGGAGUCCUUCUAUGAUUGAAGUGUUGUUGAUGAUGAUGAUGACGACGAUGUAGAUUGGUUAUCUUUUUGGUUACUUCUGAUAUGAUACAGGGAGCUCUGAUCAAAUGUGAUACAUACUAAGCAUGAUUCUAUUGAUUAUUAUACAGGGCAAUUUUCGAUCAAAAAUGAAUUUUUAGGAAUGCAACUUUAAUUAGUAGGUUCAAUUCAACAAUCAAAACUAGUAUAACCUUAUUAUUCAACCUUCCAACUAUAGAAUUACAGUGGUUAUGUUGUACUUUGAAUUUUUUUUUUUUUUGGUCAAGAAUCUGCUAGCAAAUUCGGAUCAAGUAGAGUUUUAAAAACACUUUUAAGGGCAGUAUUAUGCUAAGUGCCAUGAUUUGCUGGCUUGUCUCUAUAUUACUGUAGUGCUGCAAAAGUUUUCUUGGUUCUUGGUAGUGCUCAAGUUGAAAUAUAUUC